CUCAAUCAUUCAGUACAGUGCUCAGCAGUUUUCACAGAAGGCAGGAGACACAUUUUCAAGGAAAAUCCAACUGGUUUCUGGUUCUAAAAAGUGUUACAUUUGACCAGAUAUGAUGGCAAAUACACCAGUGUCCAAUUGCCUCCUUCCAAUGAAGCUCAUAACUCUCAUUGUCAUUGGUUUCUUUCUGACCAUUUUGAAUGCUCAGUCGGCUGUUGGUGAGAAAGGAUCACAACGACUCAGACCGAUCUUGUUUAGAAGACGUGUGAAACGUGCCACUGAUUGUACCAAUGGCUUCAUUGCAAAAGAUAUGACCAGCAAUACAUUAUUGCCUGCACUGUAUCCUACUGAACAGUUAGACGCUUGCUUGAACAACAGUGUGCUCCUUGCAAAUCUCACCGAACUGGGACAUAUCGCUUUUAGUAGAAAUCAGCUUCUUGUUCUAAAAAGGAAACUGGGAGAGAUAUUCACAAGUGGACUGCCAGAAGAACGGAUACGACAGCUGGGAUUCAUUAUUACUGUGUACGGCCCUGAAGAGAUCAGCAUGUGGAACAUAACAAGUGCAGAUACCCUUGCACUUGUUCUAAACAACAGCCCAAAUCUGAACACGAGCAAGGUAAUUAUUGGAAAUUACCUGCAGAGAUCUGGGCAACUAAACGCUGUUGCUUUGGAUGCGAUUGGUGGUCCACUACUGUGUACUCUGAGCGAAGAGAACCUUAGGACCAUCCUUCCCAGUGAACUGAAAAAAGCCAGGCCAAUGAAUAUUUUCACAUGUACCCAAGCGAAGAAAGACAUACUCUUCGGGAUCGCUAAAGUUGCAUUCCAGGAUCUUGCUGGUGAUCCCAAAGCCUAUUUUAACCAACUCAAGCCAUAUAUUGGUGGUGCACGAGCUUCUGAUUUACAAAGAUUGGCUCCUGGCAACAUCAGCAUGGACUUCCAGACAUUCAGCAGCCUCAAUCCAGUGGAAGUGGAAAAACUCACUGCCCAGAACGUUCGAGAUCUGCUUGGAAUUAACCUGAAUUCCCUUAAAGAGAAUGAAAACCAUGAAAUAGUGCGGCGUUGGGUUAACACACAUUCAGUGGCUGAGGUGAUGAGUCUGGGAAUUGGCCUUACAGGUGGAAUAUCACCGGCUGGACUUGGGAAUCUUUCCAUUCUGCCAUUGCCUGGUUCUGCUUCAGUCAACAGCUACAGUCUCCUGCUCUCCAUCUGCGUUGCUGUGUUGGGAAUCACUUUGCAAUGCCUUUCAUAAAUAGUGUUUCAUCCCAUUAUGCUACCUACUGUGUUAAAUGGAAAGAAUCAUGAAGGAUAUUGAAGAAGGUUUAAAAAGCUCAGCACAAGUAGAUUGAACUCUGUUUAUAACGUUGAAAUGACUGUAAACUAGCUUUCUAGGCAUUGUGCUGAUCAAUUGUAAAACAAAUAAUUUAGGGCAACUCUGGGCUGUCAUUAGAAUGAUGACAAUCCAAAAGCAUUCAAUAAAGGUUUAUCUUAUUACUGCCUA